CGAGCCUUAAAAGUUUCAUGGACUUGAUUUCUCAAUCAAGAUAAAGCCUCCCACUCUCAACAGCACUUCUCAUUCCACUUCAUCUUCACCCAGGUUUUGUUCUGUUUACCAUUCAGUCACCACUAACCAUCUGCGGUGGCUAUAGCUCAGGAGGUGGAGCAGAUCAUCUACUAAUCGCCAGUGAUUGGCACCAGGCAAUAACAAGAACCAUGGUGACCAAGAAAGUGAGGACAGAAUAUAUGAAGAAGUUCAGGGACCCCAAAUGGGAGACGUUUUCUAAAUGCUAUGAGGACUCUGUGAAGUACCGCCUGACUCGCCGGGUGAUAGAACACUCCCACAAGCCCUGGUUCUGGGAGGGCUGGGACAGCGGCUCUGACUCCAGCGGCUGGUCAACACCAAGGCUGACCAGGAACAAAGUGGUUCCUCUGUCUCUCCCGCUGCCGCCCACAUCCUUGGAGGUCAAGCAGAGGUUGUUGGAGUCAAAGACCAGUCCUGUGCAAAAGCCAGCGUGCGAGGAUGGAGAGACUGACGUGGGGGACCGGGACGCUGCGGUUGUAGAUGCGGCACAAACCACAGCAGCAGUUGUAGAAAAUGGCAGUUCUGAGGCGGUGGCUCCAACAAACAGCGCACCCUCAGACGACACACCGACAGACAACGGGCCAGCCGACUCGGCGACUUCUGAUGCGGAGCCAGUAAAGCCAGUAUCCCGACGGCAACGCCGCCGCAACACGCCACGCUCUGAGCAGCCGCACCGAGACAGUUCCCAGGAUGACAAACCAGCCGUGAUCCGUAAACCGCCGAGAGCAAAGAGCACGCCGGUGAUCAGCACCAAGGAGAAGGAGAACCACAGACCGUCCAGCCGGCUGGACUGGAGCGAGAGACAGAUGGAGGUCAAGAGGACAACCAAUGAUAGUCACACUUCUGAUGCCUGCGUUCAGACCCGCAGGGAGUCUGACAAGCAGAGCUCCAGGCUGGACCGCCGGCGGGCUCGAUCGGCUGACCUGGAGAAGAUAAGACGCUCGCAGCUGAUGGUGGUGGACGACCGCUGGAUGACAGAGUACAUGCGCUGUUUCUCCGCCCGGCUUAGGUAGAGAUGGGAUCCACCUAGAAUCCCUAAAUACCAAGUUUCCUUACGUGCAAAUAUCAGGAGGAAAUCAUUUCUCAUUUUAAUUAACAAUCCAGAGAGAACCGUGUUGCCACAAGACAACACCGCUCGCUGCGUUGUCUCCUUAGUUGACAAAGAAAUAAGAAAUAAAGUGAAGAAGUGGGACGAGCUACUGUUUUCGAUCCAGUUGAUAAAGUUCUAAAUAGUUUAUGAACAUCAAGUUUACAAUUUUAUCUUUCUGUACAUGGCUCGUUACAAAAAGUACCUUUUUUAUAAUAAAGAUCAGAGAUUCGAUUCUUUCAACAGAUUUGGGACUAUUUUACGUAUAUCUUUGGGAUUUCAGUAAUGAAAUGACACGAAACAAAUCGAAUUAACUUAAAAUUCAUUUAAUUCCCUUCUCUCUGGGAUCUUAGAUAACUUCUCUCAGUUACUGGGUGAAUUAGCGCUUGAGCCAGGAGGGUGUCACUGCUCUUAUGAGAAAGGGACAGUGUUACACGAGUGUGUCUGAUCAUUGAGCAGCAGAGUUAUCAGCUAGACUGCAGCGUCCUCUGGAAGAUGUUUGAUGUAAGAUGUGCCCUUACAUCAGCGUUUAUCUGCAUUCACGACCUUGCUGCUUUGGCUUCCUGAUGGAGACAAAAAGCUGUUAAAAGCAGCUGCAGCAGAGGACGGACAGCUCGCAGCUGUGUAUGGCGCCCCCAAGUGGUCAGAAGCUGCAGCUUUAAGCGCUAAAAUGCUCCAACGCUCUUUUUUUAAUUCAAAAUAUUUUUAUUUUUGUGGAUAUAGUUUACAAAGAAAACAAACUGUUUACAAUGAAUACAAAACAGACAUGUUGGAACAUUGUUUUCCUCUCUUAUUAUUUACCAAACAAGCAACAAGAAAAACAAAAACAAAAAAACCCAGAAAAAUAAAAAG